UAAUUCACGAGUCCGACGCUGCCGGUCGGAGCGCCGGCCCCCGUCUCCACUAUAAAUUGCCCUAAUUCUUCAUCCGUUGCUGUGCACGCGCGAACGGGGGCGCACGCCGGCGAGCCGAGCCGUUCGGUGGCUGAUAUUUUUUUGGGGAGGGAAGUUUCGACCGUGUGCCUUCGCCGCCGCGGCGCGCGGACACUUCACGCGCCGAGGCGCACGGAGCCCCCGCCGGAGCGCGGAGCGCGACGCGUCGCCGCGCGGGCGUUCCGCGAGCGCAGAGGCUGGAGCGAUUCGGAAGACGUGGAAGACGCAAGCGGCUCUUUCAUCCCGUCAGCUUUGAGGAGGAGGCGACGAGGGACCAGGGGUGUCCCCCCGUUCGUGUGUAACUCCGCGUGUGCGCGCGUGUGUCUGUGUGUGUUUGGGACAAGAGAGAGGAGAGGGAGAGAGAGAGAGAGCGAUACAAGGGUAAAACAGACCGGCGGCGCGGCGCAGAAGACAGCCACUUUUGGACACGUUUUGGAGACAGAAGCGGCCCGACUGAAACGAGUGAGCGCGGAAAAAUGAUAUAAACACAACUUACUUUGCAUCACCUCACCUGUCCGGCAAUUGUAUCGUGUUGUGAGUGAUAUUUCGGGGAGGUUUUGAGCGCCCAUCAGUCCGCCGGACAAGUUUGGCCGCUGAAAGACGCGCCGCGGGACUUUGACGAAGACGUCUCCCUGACUCCUCGCUGCCGGACAUGGACACAUCACAGAGCAAACGUCGGUAGACGGAGGGCUCGGAGCCGCUGUCCUCUUUUGCUGCAGAGUGGACCCACUUUUCAAAGCGCGACUUUUUUUCUGUCUGGGCCUAAGGCCGACUUGUUUAAAGGUCCUUUUUUGCUUCCGGCAACAGCGAAGAGACCAAGUCUUCCUCCCUCGGCCCUCACUCCCUCUCUCACUUUUUUGAAAGCUGAACUUUAAAAGGAAAAUGGGGCAUUGAGAGGGUUGGCAGAUCUCCCCACGCUAUAAUGGCUACUGACACCUACCUGGUGAACGACGAUCCUGCUAGAGGCCCGGGGAUGCCUGAAUGUUUCCUCGUCUCCGAUACAUACAGGGAUGAAUUCCACCCCUUCAUCGAGGCCCUGCUGCCCCAUGUCCGCGCGUUUGCCUACACCUGGUUCAAUCUGCAGGCCCGCAAGCGCAAAUACUUCAAGAAGCACGAGAAGCGCAUGUCCAAGGAGGAAGAGCGCGCAGUGAAGGAUGAGCUGCUCGGGGAGAAGCCAGAGAUCAAGCAAAAGUGGGCCUCACGCCUGCUGGCCAAGCUCCGCAAGGACAUCAGGCCAGAGUUCCGUGAGGACUUUGUGCUCACCAUCACGGGGAAAAAACCCCCCUGCUGCGUGCUUUCCAACCCUGACCAGAAGGGCAAGAUCCGUCGCAUCGACUGCCUGCGCCAGGCCGACAAGGUGUGGCGACUCGACCUGGUGAUGGUCAUCUUGUUCAAGGGCAGCCCCCUGGAGAGCACAGACGGGGAACGGCUGGUGAAGUCACCACAGUGCACCAACCCUGGACUGUGUGUCCAGCCCCACCACAUCGGAGUGUCCGUGAAGGAGCUGGACCUCUACCUGGCUUACUUCGUCCAUACGCCAGAAUCCGGACAAUCAGACAGCUCCAGCCAACAGGGAGACACAGACAUCAAACCACCGCCCAAUGGGCACCUGAGUUUCCAGGACUGCUUCGUCACCUCAGGGGUGUGGAACGUGACAGAGCUGGUCAGGGUCUCACAGACUCCUGUAGCCACAGCAUCAGGUCCUAACUUCUCACUGGCUGACCUGGACAGCAGCCCCAGCUACUACAACAUCAACCAGGUGGCUCUGGGGCGACGCACCCUCACCUCCCCUCCUUCUACCAGGUCUGAGGUGGAGUUGUACGCAAACCUUCCACGGAGCUCCACCAAGAGGAAGUCAAUAGAUGACAGUGAGAUGGAGAGCCCCACAGAUGAUGUUUUCUACCCUGGACGCUCACCUGCUGCCAGCUCCUCCCAGUCCAGUGCGUGGCCCAAUGACAUGGAUGCAGUGCAGCACCAUUUGGCGAGUGUGCAGGAGAGGAAGAUAAAACAUGAAAACGAUGGCGUGCAGUUUCCUUACCAUGGACUGUCCUCGCCUGGUUCACUUAAGAAGCCGGGGAAGUUUGAUUUCAACACCCUGGCUUGCCAGACGAGGUCCCCCCGCAUGGCGUUCACACACCACCCGCUGCCUGUGCUGGCAGGAGUGAGACCAGGGAGCCCCCGUGCCUCAGCUUCAGCCCUGCACUUCCCCUCCUCCUCUAUCAUCCAGCAGUCCAGCCCGUACUUCACCCACCCCACCAUACGCUAUCACCACCACCAGGACCCGCUUAAGGAGUUCGUGCAGUUUGUGUGCACCGAUGGCACAGGGCAGCCCAGCGCACAGCCUAAUGGAGGCGGCCAGAGCAAAAUGCCGGGCUCCUUCCUGCUGCCCCCGCCACCCCCGGUGGCGCGCCCUGUGCCCCUCCCCAUGCCCGACUCUAAAACCAUCAGCACGCCCACUGACGGCGGACUCAGCUCACCCGCAUCUCCGUCAUACUCCACGCCAGGCUCCACAGCUCCCAACCGGUUUGUCGGCAUCGGAACACGGGACAACUUUCUGAAUAUCCCCCAGCAGACACAGUCCUGGUUCCUCUGACAAGGCCUCUCUGAAUCAACAGCUAAACUUGUGUCAUGAAAAUUGGAAAUUUAAAAAAAACAAACACAUCAUCGCUGAAUAAGAACAGACUGCAGACACUAAAAGGUCUCUCGCCAACACUAUUCCAAGUACUACUACAGAACCCGAAAACCCCCACUCUUCAAGAGGACUCCCAAUCCAACACAAUUUGAACAGGAAUGUUCGUCCCUCUUUAUGCAGGAAGCUUCAAUGAGAUUGAGUGGACAGACUCAGAAUGCAUGGAGGAGGGAUAGCAAGAUGAGGAACUGUCUCACACACACACCACAAAAUGUCAGAAAGGAAACACAAUGUGGUAACCUGACAAAUGACCAAUUCUACAUUUGUUGUUUUUUUUUUAUGUUUUAUUUUUUCUUUCUUUUUGUUGUCUCCACAAUGAAACACCAUGCAUUGGCUUGGAGAUCAAUAAAAGCAAAAGGUAGUGGUAAAUGGUGAAGUCAGAUGUGCAAGAUGAAAUCCUUGCCACCCAAAGUGCUCACAUUUACAUUUGUGUGUGGGACCGGGCACCUCUCCUCCAGGCGCGUGGUCCCACCCACACCCCAUCCCGACCCGGAGCUCAGAGCUUCUCGGGGCCCAGAUCAGAACCACAGCCACACGCCUGUCAGCUGCCACCCUCCGCCACUCAAUUCGCUCAGCCCUGAGCCUCUCUCAAUCCUGAUUGGCCAAUCAUGGUGACACCAUCCAAUGGUGUGACAUAUAUGCACUAAGUGGCUGGUCUUUGUUUACCUGUCAAAGUAUCAAGAUGUCCUGCUGUGGGAGAUGUGAAAGCCAUGAGGCAAGUGCAAGCAAGUGAACACACAACAGUCAGACAUAACACUAACUUUACAUGUGCUCUUUCGUCCCCUCACCUAUGCACUAUUAAUUUUUAAUAAGGGAUGGACAGCAUUGCACAUCGCUGGUGAGAUGAGUGAUUAGAGACGUGUGCAGAGGCUGGCGGCCAUUGCAGGGAUGUGGCUGUGCUAACUCACAACACAGGGCACAAACAUGCACAUAAACGCACGCACACAAGUGAUCACAUGCAGUAUACACUCACAGAACCCCCCCCCAAAUAGUCAGUCACGACCAUUCCCGGUAUCAUCCUGCUAGUACACUUGCUGGAAUUUCCUUUGCAGUAAUGCACACACAGCAUCCACUUCAUAUUAUUAGUUUUCAUUUAGUUUGUAGACGGGUUUUUAUUUGCCAGGUUUAGGUUUGGUUUUGUCUCCCUUGGAUUGUUUUAACCUACUCUUGCAUGUCACACCGUUCUUCUUUAGUUUGCAGUAAGACGUUGAGUAUCACGCUCGGAUUCCAGUGGAACAGUAACAGCAGCUUCUCAAAUCUCUCCCGUAUGGACAGCACAGUAACCAGAGCUCAUCACACGCAUCCCUUGCAUUGCUUCACCCCGUAUCCCUUAGUCGAGCACCAGGAAAACCCAGAGGACUACACACACAACGCAUACAACAUAAGAUGCACAUUAGCGACGCCAACACCAUCAACCUAUAAAUGUAUAAAGGGAAGCCUUGAUAUGUGGUUCUCCAAACUGCCUUUGUUAAUGGUUUUUCAUUCACUUAAGAUUUGUCUUUAAUUUGAGAUUUUUUCCUAUGUAAAUGUUCACAUUGAAAUUACUCUUUGUAAUAUUCUCAUGAUGACACAAUCCAACAAAAGCCGACCUCACAAAAUAACUGGACUGCCUAGCUGUUGGUUCCAUUUUGCAGGGAUAGUAAACAGGGCUGAGACCCUGCUCUCAGCCUCUCUAGUAACAUUAGGUCUAUGUACUAAACACCAUAUAUCAAGACAAUAUAUGAAAGUGCCUCUGUAUUCCCUUCAUGCAAUUAGUAAUAAACUUGACUUCAGGUUCUCCUCCCACAUAUAAGCUAAGGCUACAGAGAGUGGUAGCGCUGGUGAUGUGGAAACCAUUGGCCUAGAACAGAUCUUUAUAGAGGACUGCAAACCUUUUUUUGUAAAGACAGAGAGAGAGAUCUUAUACAUAUAUAUUUAUGAUAUAUGCUCCUUUUUAACUUUUACUACAUGAGCUUGUUGGCAGUCUAGUUAUUUUCUGAACUCUCACCUUACCCCAUGACUUGUUUCAGUAAAAUCACCUUGCUGUUACUAGUACGAAUAAAACGACACACGCCAUCUGCAGCGCAGCAGUAUAAUACCUAGAUGAACAUGUUAAAAAUCGACAGUAGGUUUGAAGAAAAAAGUGUUUGUUUUUUGAUGGAAAGUAUUAUUAUUGAAAAAUAUGUGUCGAUUGAGCCACGUGCAAUGCAUUGGGUAGAUCAUUGUGUUUGUCUGUUAGAGAUUUUUAAGAAAGCUAAGAGAAAAGAGAAAAAAAAUGUAUUUGUUUCAAGUCCGUAAGCUCCAGGACUCUAAACUAGAGGGCCAUGAAAAAUCCUAGUCUUUGUAAGUUGGGGGUAUUUGUUUUUAUUUCCUUUUUGUCUCUUUUUUUAAUGUUUUAUGUGUAAUCAUUUGUUUAUAAAAAUGUGGGAGGGCUGAAGGAAAAAAAAUUACACAGCUUCAGAAAAAAAUUCUCUAUCAGAUGAAACUGGUGCUUUAACACUAUAAAGUACAUUCACAACUAUUAUAAAUGGAUGGUAAUGAACAAAAAUAAGACCAUUUAGGAAACAGCAUUAGUCCUCUCUCUAUUUGUAUUCUUGUAUAUGUAUCGAGUGGGGGGAGAGGUUCCUAUUCCUUAAGGUUGUGACACAAAAGGCAUUUUGGUUCAACCUUUAGAAAACAAACAAGCCCGAGAAACGUCCGACACCUUUUCCCAUGCACUGCCUGAAACUCACCAGCAAAAUGAAACCAACAUCCCAAUUCAGUGUCUAUUAGCAUAAAAACAUGACAAGUUCCUCUCUGCGCUGGGGGAGAAGCCUCGCAUUCAUAAAUAUUCUUAUUCCAAUCAUCUAAAGGUGUUUCUGAGUUUAGAGCAGGACACGGGUUGUGUUGACUCAGACCUUCCGUCUCCUGCACUGAUAACAGAAACGGCGACAAAAGGUUUAGGAACCAGGCAGCAAGUUGAGCCUCUCCCCUGUUCCACCCCUUUCUCUGUAAAUGACUCUUAUAGUGCUUGUGCUGUAGUGUAUAGUUCCCAGCAGUUAAAGGUUGUCCCCUAAAAGUGCCUUUUGUUCACAGACUCCAUUUUGUAAUCCAGAUCGCCUUUUUUUUGUUUUGUUUUUUUCCCAAAAUGGCUGCAGGUAGCAGGUUGCCCCUGAGCGCCCGAAGGAGACAAAGGUCGUCAUCCCAAGGGCUCUGAGGAACAACGUUCUGCCUUUGGCUUCGAAUUGUACCUCCCCUAUAUCCUAUAUCCUCUUUUCCUUUUCAUAUGUGUGUAUAUACAGUAUAUGUGUAUAUAUACAUAUAUAAAAAGGAUACUGGUGUGAAUUAGUUAUUUACUUUUUAUUGAUAAAUGAUGAGAAGUUUUUUUUGAAAGGCAAAAAUCUUGUUCAGCUCUUGCUUUCUUUUUUCUUCCCCUCUGUCUCCGCUGCCUGUUUUCUAUGGGACACUGGAGUAGUCUGUAACUGUGCGUCCCUUUCUCUCUCUCUCUUUUUCCCCCUCUCUCUCUCUCCCUCUCUCUCUCUUUCUCUCCUUCGCCCUCUCUGCUAGCGGGAGGUUGGAAAAAAAAAAAUAUUGCCGAAAAACUUUUGUCUUGAGCAGAAUGCAGUUAGCUCACGUUAUUCUUGUCUGUAUGCUUCAUGUUGUAUUACCAUACCCAUCUUCUUCAGCUUCUCCAUUCAACAGCUAAUGUAAGUGAACAAAUUACGCUGACGGGCUUUUUGGGGGUGUCCUUGGGUGGGUUAGGAAGGGAUGACAGGGCUUCAAGGGACUGGGUUGAAGAGGUUCACAGAGGAUGUAUGGGGUCAAGAGGGCUGGAUGAACUGCUUUGGGGUGUUGGAAAGGGGCUGCUUGGACUAUGAUAAAAGUUUGAUCUUAUUUUAGGUAUUUAUUUUUUGGCUUUGUUUUAUUCCCCCCCUUUUUUUAAAGCUUUCCUGUCAUUUGGAUUUCUUUUAAUAUUGCUAUCAGGGUAUGCUGUCAUUCGGGCUCUCUUGGAGAAUGCCUUGGACUGUAAGUGGAAGCUUCAAGCACCUUAUAACCGGACUUGUCCUGCAUGAGGCAGAAACGGGGGAGUCGUAUUCCCACGACAUAUCCAACAUUCUAACCAAUCCUUUAAAGUCAAGUAUUAUUGUGCGUGGUGGGUUUCCCACAGCGAAACUCUCUCAGCAGUAUUAGCCAUUUCAAACACACCAACCUGAUAGACAAGAAGCCAGCGUGAACCUGAGCUCUCAGAUUUUUGAGGAUUCAGCUGAGUCCCUCCAUUUUUCUCCACUGUCUCCCUCAUGCUGGACCGCUCCGUGUCUGUUUUCUUGUUUUUGUUUAUUUUCUCCGUAAGCGUGUAUGGUUGUCGGUGUAAUAGGCAGCACCCUAGGCCCCCUGACUCCCAGCUCGUCUACUCCUCUGUCUACACCCUCAGCGCAGCACCACUUUAUGAAAACACCCCCAGAGCUCUAGGUGAAAUGCAUGUGUUAAUUACAGUUUCUUUUCCAUAAGAAGAAAAACACAGUUUGAGAAGAGCAGCACCUGAUUGAAUAAAAAGGAUGUUCUUGACUGUA